GGGAGGCCGCGGGAGCCGCCGGAGCCAGCGCCGCCAGUCAGCCAGGUCGCCGUUCACGAUGGUGAAAGAAACGACGUACUACGAUGUGCUCGGCGUGAAGCCCAGCGCGUCCCAGGAGGAGCUGAAGAAGGCCUACCGCAAGCUGGCGUUGAAGUACCACCCCGACAAAAACCCCAACGAGGGCGAGAAGUUCAAACAGAUUUCUCAAGCAUAUGAAGUUCUUUCUGAUCCCAAGAAAAGAGACUUAUAUGACAAAGGAGGCGAGCAGGCCAUUAAAGAGGGUGGUUCUGGCUGUAGCUUUGGGUCCCCCAUGGAUAUAUUUGACAUGUUCUUUGGAGGAGGUGGAAGAAUGCAAAGAGAGAGGCGAGGUAAAAAUGUUGUUCAUCAGUUGUCAGUAAGUUUAGAGGACUUGUACAAUGGGGCAACAAGAAAACUGGCUCUGCAAAAGAAUGUGAUUUGUGACAAAUGUGAAGGUCGAGGUGGUAAGAAAGGUGCAGUGGAAUGCUGUCCCAACUGCAGAGGUACAGGCAUGCAAAUAAGAAUUCACCAGAUAGGACCAGGAAUGGUUCAGCAAAUCCAGUCGGUCUGUAUGGAGUGUCAGGGCCAUGGGGAGCGUAUCAGUCCAAAGGACAGGUGUAAAAGUUGCACUGGAAGGAAGAUUGUUCGGGAGAAGAAGAUUUUAGAAGUUCAUAUUGAUAAGGGAAUGAAGGAUGGUCAGAAAAUAACAUUCCAUGGUGAAGGGGACCAAGAGCCAGGAUUGGAACCAGGUGAUAUCAUUAUUGUUUUGGAUCAAAAAGACCACCCUACAUUUACAAGACGAGGUGAGGACCUAGUCAUGUGCAUGGACAUACAACUAGUUGAGGCACUAUGUGGCUUUCAGAAACCCAUCACAACGCUGGAUAAUAGAAAUAUAAUUAUUACCUCUCAUCCUGGCCAGGUUGUGAAGCAUGGAGAUGUUAAAUGUGUGCUGAAUGAGGGCAUGCCCAUUUACCGCAGACCAUAUGAAAAGGGGCGUUUGAUCAUUGAGUUCAAGGUAAACUUCCCAGAUAGUGGUUUUCUUUCCUCUGAUAAGUUGUCUCUUUUGGAAAAGCUGCUGCCUGCAAGGCAGGAGGUGGAAGAGACUGAAGAAAUGGAGCAAGUAGAUCUGGUGGACUUUGACCCAGCUCAAGAAAGAAGACACCACUAUAAUGGAGAAGCCUAUGAAGAUGAUGAGCAUCAUCCUAGAGGUGGUGUUCAGUGUCAGACAUCUUAAACUGGCCAGUGAAUAUCUGUUGUGAUGCUUGUUUUGUAUGCAUUAGUGGAUGAGUGAAGGACUACUUUGCGUCACUACCUGCUAUUGUUUUUGUUGUAAUACUCAACCAUAGUUGUGUUUUUAAAAACAUUAAAUAAAAUUGGCACCAUCAAAA